CCAGUUUGAACGUCAAUGUUCUAUGUGGCAUUUUGCAUUCAUUUCGAAAGCUGACACACACGAGACGAGCGAUUUUGUUGAUAUCUGCAUUGAAAUACUCCUUUCUGCACUGACUUUUGGUUCAUACGGUGAAACUUUUGCGACACCUGCUGUUUCACAUGGAGAGCUGCUUCCAUCCGGCGAUGGAAUUAAUAGAAAACGUGCUAUCGUUUUCUUAUUUCACGACCAUCUUUCACGGCUUGUUCAUUGCUGUUGUGAUACCGGUGGUGUUUCUGUGGAAAGGAUCAGUUCAUGGCCUACAGAAGAAGUGGCAUGGUUCCAGUCUGUAUGGUAUUCUGCAUCAGGGGGCCAGGAUUACUGAACUCAAUUUGCAGAACAAGAAACUGCAGGAUGAGCUCCAGGCUUUCAGGCGUUCCCAGCUUGCAGCGGAACAAGAAAAUCUGAUUCUGCGGGCCACGAUUUACUCACUGCAAAGGCAUAACAACGGCAAUGAGGAGAGAAUCAAACUUCUCAACAAGAAACUGUCACAAAACCAACAGGCUGACAUGGUGAUCAUCCAGAUUGAACCGGAGAGCCACCCUCUUGAGUCCAGAGAUGGACGUGCCCAGGACAUCACAGUUCUUCAGCACAAGAUCUCUGAGCUGGAACAGAAGGAAAUGUCCUCCAAGGCUAGAAUUGCCUCAAUGGAAACGGCCGCCCAUAACAGACUUAUUACAUCAUCAGCCUUACACAGACAGCUUGUGCACAAAACUGACGAGGUCUUUUUCCUCCAUCAUAGGCUUAUGGAGAGCAUGAAGAGGGUAGCUGCGAUGAGGGGAACCCGUUUUGUCCCCCCACCUCUUCACCGCCAGAACCAGAAGUCCAAAUACGGAAGAGUGAGAGACAGCUGGAACAAGAUCCUGACCAGGACUCGCCUUCAUGUGAUUCCUGAGGAGAGAGGGGAUGUUACACAGAAGAUCAACCCCAGAAUGGCUGCACCUCACCAGGCCACCAGAAUGGCUGCAUCCAACCGGGCCAAUAGAAUGGCUGCAUCCAACCGGGCCAAUAGAAUGGCUGCAUCCAACCGGGUCGACAGAAUGGCUGCAUUCAACCGGGCAUCCAACGCAACAGCUGCACCCAACCGGGCACCCAACGCAAGAGUUGCACCUAACCGGGCCACCUUCCACCGCUACUGAUCCCAGCAGCUCCAUUCACCUCCCCCAUCUUCUCCACUGUUGCCCCAAAUCAUGACUGUGACCACAUCCAUUACUGCCACUGUUGCCCCAAAUCAUGACUGUGACCACAUCCAUUACUGCCACUGUUGCCCCAAAUUAUGACUGUGACCGCAUCCAUUACUGCCACUGUUGCCCCAAAUCAUGACUGUGACCACAUCCAUUACUGCCACUGUUGCCCCAAAUUAUGGCUGCGUCUACUGCGUACUCCAAAUAACAUUAUUAUAUAUACUUAUAUGGGCUGCAGGACUCGUGUCUGGUCUCAGACUCAAAUCCAGAUACAAGACCGUUUUUCAAUGGCCUUGGCUUACCAGCCCUGAUUAUAUAUAAAUUAAGUUUCAGUGAAGUUUUAACCAGUUAACCUACAUUAUUAUUAUUGCUAUUAUUAUGAUUAUUGUUUUUAUUAUUGUUAUUAUUAUUACAUUGCUAUUAAUUACAAAUAUGCUGCUGUGUCGUUUUUCUAUCUGCUUAUUACUUUUGACAAUGAGAGUUUGUGAGUGAGUGAGUCAGUGGGUUUGCUUAAUAUCUCAUAGUGCAAACACUG